AACAACAACAACAACAAUGAGUUGUCCAGCGGCAAGACAACGCUGAAGCGCGCCUUUGAUGUGGCUUUUCUUAUGAUGCCCGAUGAGCGCAUUAAGCAGAAACAGGCCGAGAAGCAGGCGCGUCUACAGGAGCAGCUGCUCCACCAGCACCAGCAGCAGCCACAGCAGCUCAGCUUGAACCAUUAUCCCACGGAUCUCUCGCCCAGAGCUGCUGCCUCGCAGCCGCCCUCGCCCGCUGCCUUGGAGUACAUUAAUCUGCUGGAGGCACGCCAGCGUUAUCCACAGCUGGCCAUACGCUCGCCGCGCGUCUACGAUGAUCCCACGCUCAUCAUACCGCUGGUGGACUCGCCAGAGGCGACAGUAUCGCCACCGCCGCCGCCACUGCGCAGCGCCUUUACCAAAGUGGCCAGCUCGCUGUCCAGCUCCAGCUCGCCUUCCACAGCAUCGCGUCUGGAGUCGCCAGUGGAUGUUUCCGCACCACCGCUUAGUCCAGAUCAGCUCAGCUGCCAUUCCAUCAGCCCACCGCUGGCUACGCCGCCGCCGCGCAGCAACAGCGCCGGCAAUGGCAACGGCAACGGCAACGGCAGCAUCAAUGUCAACGUCAGCGUGGCCAACAGCUUGCCAGCCAACGCCAUUGUCUACCACAGCUUCAGGCCCGAGUAUCAGUUCAAUGGCGCCUUUCAGGCCGUCAAUCACUCCAUCAAUCCCAUGCAGGCGCUGCAGGCUCAGCAGCGGCUCAAGCAGCAGCUGAUGUACCGCCCGCCCACAGCGCCCAAUGGCCACAGUCCCAAUGGCUGCAGCUCGAAUCCCUCGUCGCCGCCUGCGGGUCCGCCGCCAGAGUUUCUGCAUGCCGCCUACAGCAACUUUGGCCCGCAUCCACCGCAUCCCUUUGCUGUGGCGCAGCCGCUGCAGAAUCCCGCAGCUGCCGCCAUACUCUCCACGCUCAUACCGCCCACGCUGGCGUCCACAUUCACGCUGACUGCGCAGAAUGUGUGCGCCAAGUGCAACAUCAGCUUCCGCAUGACCAGCGAUCUGGUCUAUCACAUGCGCUCGCAUCACAAGAGCGAGGUCGCCUGCGAUCCCAAUCGCCGCAAGCGCGAGGAGAAGCUGCGCUGUCCCGUCUGCCAGGAGACUUUCCGCGAGCGUCAUCAUCUCACGCGUCACAUGACCGCCCAUCAGGACAAGGCCAGCGAUCAUCAGGCCGCCGCCGAGGAGUCCAGCGACAAUGAGAUCAUCAAUGUGGGCGGUGGCACGCCGCCCUCUCGUCGCUCUGGCGCUGGUGGCUCCAAAUGAUCCAAGAAUUUCUUCGGAUACUUUUAAGCAGCAGUCGGCAGCGAGUUUUGUUAAUC